UUCAAUUUUCCUCUCCCUCUCCCUAUCCAUUUCGUAACCCUUAGCCCGACCUCCCUCUCCCUCUCUGUUAUGAUAUCGAAUGUUAAAGGUUUAACCAAAUUAGUUUUUAACAAUUUAAAGCUUUUGAUUGGAUCUUUUUAACACGCUCCCUCUCCAUUUUUUGUUCUCAAACUGGGAUUAAUGGAAAACCGAUUUCAUAUGUUCCAGUUUUCGGCUUUCGAAAACGAACUCAACACUCCUUGACCGCAAACCAAUACCGUCCAUUUGGAUGUUCUUGCUAAAUCGGUUUCAACUGAUCAAGGUGCUAAAAUUUCUCCUUUUCCCAUUGAAAAAUGCAAAACAUGAUCCUUGUCCCUUUUCUAACUCCUAUAUAUUAUUGGUCUUCGAUCCCAUUCAAAGUCCUUGUCUUUUUGCCACGACAAGCACUGGGUUCUAACAUGGGUUUGGUUUUCUUUGGGGAGAAAUGCUUUUCGGUGGAAGGCCAUGCACUUUUUCUUGCUCUUCUUUCUAAUUUGUUUCUAACGCGGGUUUCCAGUUCUUCUACAUGGUGGUAAAUGCCUUACCGUAUUCAAUUACUCAAAGGUUACAAAUAUGGUAUAAAUUCAAAAAAUUAAGGAAUUAUAAAAGAUCUCUCUCUCUCGAAGGGAUGUUUCUUACAGAAAUAGAAACGUGAAGAUGAUGGUUCUUUACAUGGAAAUGACACUGCAGUCUCUUUCAUGCAGUUGUGGUUCUUGUGGGUAUGAGCUAAACCUAAGCUCUGGUGAUCGGAAUACCUCAACCAUCGACUCUAAAUAUGGGAAAUCUAUAAAGAAAGGGAUCCUAUCUUUCUUUUACAUUGAUGAGAGCAGAUUUACUCAGAUGGAUGAAAUCCAAUGCAUACCUCACUUUUCUAAGCACUCUUUGGGUUUGAUCCGCUGGAGAACCAAACUUCUUUGCCGCAAGUGUGGUAACCCAAUUGGAAUUGCUUACAAUGACAGGUCAUCGCACACUAUUGUAUCAGAUGGAAAUGACUCUUCCUCAGAUCUCUCUAUCCCAUCAAUUUCUACUUUAAUAAUGGCACUCAAAGAGUUACAUUUCUCAGGAAGAGCUUCGGAAACACGACCAUGCACGAGAUCUGUGGAUUUCAAUCCAGGGCAAGAUCUACGAUGUUUCAGUUUGGCUUAAAGACUACCCAGGCGGUGAGCUUCCAUUGCUCAAUCUCGCUGGCCGAGAUGCCACGGACGCGUUCGUUGCGUACCAACCGGGUACUGCAUGGCAUUGUCUUCACAA